AGGACUCUGCGUGCUUGGCGCUGCAUGAAGGCAUCGAGGCUGGGUAAAUAUUGCAUGGCAUGGACCCUAGGAAACUGCUGGGUGAAAGAAGACGCGAAGAGAGGAACAGGGUGAGAGAAAGCCUUCCUGCAGUCGCCACGGAAGUGCCCUCUGGCAUCACCCACUUGAACCACAGCCUGACUUCCGGCUUUUUGCUGGCUGAGAUACUUGCCAAGAUGUUCCCUUUGCAAGGCCCACAGGCGCUGCAGAGGCUAGAGAAAUCCCUAAGGAAGAGCCUCCCUGAGUCCUUGAAGGUGUAUAGUACCAUCUUCCUCAUGAACCAGGGAAACCCAUUCAAGUUAAAGGCCCUGGUGGACAAGUGGCCUGAUUACAAUACCGUGGUUGUUCGUCCUCAGGAGCAGGAGAUGAGAGACUACCUUGAUAAUUUCACCAACACCUACCAAAUCUACUCCAAGGAGCCCAAGAGUUGUCAUGAGUUCCUUGGUACAUCAGAUGUCAUCAACUGGAAACAACAUUUGCAGAUUCAAAGUUCACAGUCCAGCCUGGAGGAAGUGAUACAAAGUCUUGCAGUUGCUAAUUUGUCCAGGGUGAAGAAAACACAACGCCUACUCUACAUGAUGCCUAAGACGGCACAGCGGCUGCUGCCAUUCCUGGUGACCACUAAGAAUUCCUGUGGUAACUCAGGCAGACCCAAGACCAUUAACAAAAAGCUGUUUAAACUUGCGUUACUGGAUGUUAGCCAUGCGGCCUUGGUGGAUCAAUUCUGGGCUUUUGGUGGCAAUGAGAGGAGCCAGAGAUUCAUCAAGCGCUGUAUCCAGACCUUCCCGUCUACCUGCGUUGUUGGACCUGAGGGCACUCCUGUGUCCUGGGCCCUGAUGGACCAGACUGGAGAGAUCCGAAUGGGUGGCACUGUGCCCAAGUACCGGGCCCAAGGCCUCAGCUCCUAUGUCCUUUAUAUCCAGGGGUGGGCUCUGGAAACACUUGGCUUCCCUGCAUAUAACAAUACAUCCAGUUCCAACAAAAUUGUGCAGAAAAUGUGUGAAACUCUGCAGCAUCUUCCCGUGCCGUGUGAUUGGAAUCAGUGGAACUGUGAGCCUCUAUGAUUGAUUGGACUCAGUGGAACUGCGGCUCUAAACACUCAAGGCUGAGUGAGGUGGGCUGUGAGGUGGCUGGUGUCUCAGAGAAGUGGACAAAGAGAGACCAAACUGUAGUGAGUAGUAUCGCACUCAUGGCUGAGUUUUUAGGAAGUAGAACAGAUGGCUAACGGGACAGCCAUGGGCCCUGAUUCAUAUUACCUCAUAUUCAGAAGACCUGGCAUUGCCAGAACUCUAUAUGCUUAGCACUUCCUUGUUCAGUUUCCUACACUUAUUGAAAAAAAAUUUUUUUGGUGCCAGUCCUGGGGCUGUCCCUGAGGAUUUUUGUGCUCAAGAUUGGCACU